CCGUUGCCCCCUGCCCUUAUUUGGGGCCCCGUUCCGGCCCUGUUCUCGAUGUGCAGUUCCCACACUGCUGUCCCCGCUCUGUUUAUGGCUGCUGCCCUUCCCUGGCUUAUCAUGUUUUUGUACAGAUCCCCGAGGCGAUAAACUGCUCAAAUAUUUGUGGAGAUGUCCGUGUGGGGCCAACGUAGUGUUUUUUGGGGGAAGGUCCCCCAGCUCUUUAGGCCGUCACAACCUAUCGGUGUGGGGCUGGGCAGGAGGACAGGGGGACCCUGGCAGCCCUGGGUGCAAAACGUGGCACCGCACAUCUAGGUGGCACCCAGGAUGCAGGGCAUGGAUUUUGGGGAUGUUGUGGUCCCAGAUGGGAGAGCCAGACCCUUGGCACUGCUGCCCAGCCCUGUCUGGCAUGACGUGGCUGCAGGGCUGCGUGCCCAGCUCUUCCCCGAGCACCAGGCACCGCUUUGUCCCAGCACAACUCAGAGCCUCAAUGGGGACAGAGGCGGCCUUGUUGCUGUCCCCAGGCAGACGGUGGUGAAUGGGGAGCGCUUCUCCUCCUCCUCCUACUGGGCGGAGAGAGUGGUCAGCAGAUAAAAGGGAGGCAGGGGCCAGCUGGGUGCUGCCCGGAGCAGAGCGAGGUCCAGCCGGAGGACAGCAGUGAAGAGUGCGGUAUUGAGGGCUCUUUCUCAUGGGGGAGAGGGCUGGUUUUGGGGUCAUCCUUCCUACCAGCUCACUGACGGGUUGUUCCUCACUGUCCUGUGUCCCCUCUUCCCAUCGAAUUUGCAGGGAGGGGGCACUCCAUGGGGUGGGAAGGGCUGUGGGGCAGUGGGAUGAAAGGGGCAUUGGGUGGAUCCUGAGGGUAUUGGGGCUAAGGGUCUGCGCACCCCAAAGCUCUUGGUAGGACAAGAGGACCUUCAAGGUGGCCUCAAGGUUAAACCAUCCCUGCCCCUGUGGCCACGGUACAGGGCUCCCAAAACCAACCCUGGUUCUGGGGUCAGCAAUGCAGCGUGGGUCCCUGGGGAAGGCAGGACAUGGGGGCACUGACCUCCAUCCCCUGCAGCUCACCCCCGGUGCCGGGAUGGGGCCGCUGCUGCUGGCGUUGGCCUCCUGCCUGGGGCUGGCCAUGGCCUCCGACGGGGCCACCAACGGCAGCCGGCUGUGCCGCGAGGCCCCGGAGUGGCGGAUCAAUGGCUCCAGCCCCAUGGAGGGCACGGCGGGGCAGGUGACAGUGGUGGCCCUGCUGAAGGCCAGCUGACACUUCUGCCUGCAGCAAGCCCGCAGCCUCGGGGCCCUGCGGGAGCGGCUGGGGCAGCAGGGUGUGAGCGAUGUCCGCUAUAUGAUCAUCAACGAGCAGGCCCCGCUGUCCCGCGCCAUGUUCGGGGAGCUGCAGCGCCACGCCCCGCCGGGCGUCCCCGUCCUCCAGCAGCAGCCACACGAGCCUGAUGUGUGGCAGCUGCUGGGGGGUGACAAAGAUGACUUCCUCGUCUACGACCGCUGCGGCCGCCUGGCCUUCCACAUCCAGCUGCCCUACAGCUUCCUGCACCUGCCCUACGUCGAAUCCGCCAUCCGCUUCACCCACCGCAAGGACUUCUGUGGGAACUGCUCCCUCUACACCAACAGCACCCAGGAGGCCAACAGUACCACGGAGGUCCCUACAACCCCAACCCCGCUUCCCGAACAGGAAGAGAAGGAGUCCGAGACCCCCGCCCACCACCAACCCAACCAUCUCCAUCCUCACCACCAUGCGGCUGGCAGCAGGACAGCCCCAGAGCCCAGCGGGGACCACAGACCUGCUCACGCUCACCACCACCAUGGAGCCCAUGGCCAACUCCAUCCCAAGGGGCAGACGCCAGAGGGACACAAUCCCUAAUCUGGGCAGAGCCCAUAGCGUGCACACCGUGCUGGCUCGCUUCCCAGAGGCAUCGAAAGGCUUGCUUUGUGCUGCUGGCCACAAGCAGCAUUGAUAUGCAGCCCCCUUCACGUGGGUCACGCUUCCACCCAGUGUCCAGGGAUGGAAAUCCCCCUCUGGCACCCAGAGGUGCUGACCUUUUGGCCCUGAGACUCAGUUCUACCCCUUCUUCCUCUGCUGCUGCCUCUCUGUGCUCAAUGAUUCCUGUGGUGCAAACCAGGACCUCCUUGGUCACCGCAGGCUGACACCGCACGGAGCAGCGGGGCAGGGAUUGAAGGGGCAGAACUGGGACCCAUGGGUGCACCCGGAGCGCCAGGGUGAGCCUGGAGGAGGGGAGUGCUGGCAGGGGUCAUCGCUCCCUGCGUCCCAACCUUCCCACCCUGUGCACGGGUAUGUGCAGUGGUGGUGGGUGGCCGCAAGAUGGUGGCCGUGUCCCCUCUCAGAAAAUAGGGGCUGCCUUCAGAGCCCGCAGCUCUGGGAGGAGGACGUGGGUGGGGGUCCUGGGGUGAAGUGGACAUCCAGAUGAUGAAUAAAGCCUCUGUGAAGUGAACCCUACCUGGCCUGGCCUUUGGGGUGUUCUUUCUCCAAGUGGGUGGAGGUCCAUGGGGCUUCCUACCAGCACAAGAAUCAUAGAAUCAACAAUGCUGGAAUCCAGUCCACCUUCCCACCUUU